AUUCAGCGGUUAGAGUUGGGCAGGAUCGGACCGGCGGAGCCGCGGACCCGUAACGCUUCUCCUGGACCUGAACCCGCACCCAACCCCCCCCUGUCGGGCUGGACGACUCCCCCCGGGCCGGGAGCGGAGCAGGACCCGCGGCGAUCAUGAACAAGCUCCGGCAGAGCUUCCGGAGGAAGAAGGACAUCUACGUCCCCGAGUCCAGCCGGCCGCACCAGUGGCAGACGGACGAGGAGGCGGUGAGGGCCGGCAAGUGCAGCUUCGCCGUCAAGUACCUGGGCCACGUGGAGGUGGAGGAGUCCAGGGGGAUGCACAUCUGUGAGGACGCCGUGAAGCGGCUCAAGACGGACAGGAAGUUCUUCAAGGGAUUCUUUUCCAAAGCGGGGAAGAAGGCGGUCCGAGCCGUGUUGUGGGUUUCAGCAGACGGGCUCCGCGUCGUGGACGACAAGACAAAGGACCUGAUCCUGGACCAGACGAUAGAGAAGGUUUCGUUCUGCGCCCCGGACAGGAACUUUGAGAGAGCCUUCUCCUACAUCUGCCGGGAUGGAACCACCAGACGCUGGAUCUGCCACUGCUUCAUGGCCGUCAAGGACUCGGGUGAGCGGCUCAGCCACGCCGUGGGCUGUGCGUUCGCCGCCUGCCUGGAGCGGAAGCAGAAGCGGGAGAAGGAGUGCGGCGUGACCGCGACCUUCGACGCCAACCGGACAACCUUCACCCGCGAGGGAUCCUUCCGCGUCACCACGGCAACGGAGGCGGCCGAGCGGGAGGAGGUCAUGAGGCAGCUGCAGGAGGCCAAGAAGGACUGUGAGCGAGUCUCCGGCACCGCCUCCACCGGUAUGGUGAAUCCCUCGGCCCUCCACCAGAGCGGCUCCUCCCCCUCGUCCUCCCCGCCCCCCGGCGGGGCCCUGGGCCCCCAGGCCAUCCCCCGCCGCCACGCCCCGGCCGAGGCGCUGGCCCGCCAGGGCUCCUUCAGGGGCUUCCCCGCCCUCAGCCAGAAAACCUCGCCCUUCAAGCGGCAGCUGUCGCUGCGCAUGAACGAGCUGCCGUCCACCGUGCAGCGCAAGUCCCACUUCCCCCUCCGGAACCCAGUCCCGGAGCUGGAGGGCGAGAGCGACAGCAUCAGCUCCCUCUGCACUCAGAUCACCAGCGCCUUCAGCGGCCCGGAGGACCCGUUCUCCUCGGCGCCGAUGCCCCGACCCUCCUCGUCCCCGCAGUCGCCCGGGGCCCCAGUGAACGGCUCGGCACCGGCCAGCUCUGCUCCCGCUAACACGCCGGUGCCGGUACCACUCCAAGUCCCGGUCCCGUUACCAGUCCCGGUACCAGUCCAGGUCCCGGUCCCGUUACCAGUCCCAGCCCUCCCUGCCCGGGACACGAACCCCUGGGCCAAGAACCCGGCGGGGCCGCCGGCCCACACAGGAAGUGAGUGGCCGUCGGCGGCGCCGGUGCUGGUCGUCCCCGCCCCGUCGUCUCCGCUCGUCUCGGCCCACAGACGGACGCCAUCGGAGGCCGAUCGCUGGCUGGACGAAGUCUCCAAGUCGGUGCGUCCGGCGCAGCCCAGCCCGGUCGCCAUGGGAACCACGCCGCCCCCCCAGCUCUUCGCCCCCCCACCGGCGGCCAUGUCGUCCGUAGCCGCCGCCCCGGCGGCCUUCCUGCCCUCACUGCCGCCCCCCGUCCCCCUGCUGCCCCCCCGCCAGCCCGCGUUCCACCCCGCGGUGGCUAACGGGCUGCCCCCUCCCGCGGCGGCCCCGCCCCUGGGGCUGCCCCCUCCCGCCGGGCCCGCCGGGGCCCCCGUGUUCGGCAUCACGCCGUCGCAGAUGGUCGCUAACGUGUUCGGCUCGGCCGCCGCGCCGCCGCCGUUCCCCGUCCCGGCGGUGGCCCCGCCCCCCCUGGCCCCGCCCCCCCACAUCAAGCCCCCCCCCGCCAACGGCUGGGCCGGCCCUGUAGGCCACGCCCCGCCCGUUCCAAGCCCCGCCCCCCUCGGCCCCGCCCCCUCCGGCCCGCCGGACGACGCCUUCGAGGCCCAGUGGGCGGCGCUGGAGACCCGGUCCCACCAGCGGACCACGCCCUCGCCCACUAACCCCUUCUCCUCCGAGCUGCACAAAACCUUCGAGAUCCAGCUCUGAGGCCGGAGGUUCUGGACUCUAAAGACUCGGGGCCCGGUGGAACUGGGAUGAACCGGGAUGAACCGGACUGAACCGGACCGGCGGCCAGCAGCAGAACUCAGCAGAACCAGAACACCACAGAUCCACCAACGGGGAGCCGCCUGGAACCGGUUUGGAAGCAGU